AUGAAUAGCACAUGUAUUGAAGAACAGCACGACUUGGAUCACUAUUUGUUUCCUAUUGUUUACAUCUUUGUGAUUGCAGUCAGCAUUCCGGCCAAUAUUGGAUCUCUAUGUGUGUCUUUUCUGCAAGCAAAGAAGGAAAAUGAACUAGGAAUUUACCUCUUCAGUUUAUCACUAUCAGAUUUGCUAUAUGCAUUAACUCUUCCUCUAUGGAUUGAUUAUACUUGGAAUAAAGACAACUGGACUUUCUCUCCUGCCUUGUGCAAAUGGAGUGCUUUCUUCAUGUACGUGAACUUUUACAGCAGUACAGCAUUCCUCACCUGUAUCGCUGUCGAUAGAUAUUUAGCCGUUGUCUACCCUUUGAAGUUUCCUUUUCUACGAACAAGAAGAUUUGCAUGCAUGGUCAGCCUAUUCAUCUGGGUAUUGGAAAUCAUCUUUAAUGCUGUCAUUCUGUGGAAAGAUGAAACAACUGUUGAAUACUGCGAUGCCAAAAAGUCUAAUUUUACUUUAUGUUAUGAUAGGUACCCUUUGGAGAAAUGGCAAAUCAUCCUCAAUGUGUUUAGGACGUGUACAGGCUAUGCAAUACCUUUGGUCAUCAUACUGAUCUGCAACCAGAAAGUCUACCAAGCUGUGUGGCAUAAUCAAGCCACAGAAAACAGUGAAAAGAGGAGAAUCAUGAAACUACUUGCUAGUAUCACACUGACUUUUGUCUUAUGCUUUACACCCUUUCACGUGACGUUGCUGAUUCGCUGCAUCUUAGAGCAUGAUGUGAACUUUGAUAAUCACAAGUCCGGGAAGCAGACCUACACCAUAUACAGAAUCACGGUCGCAUUAACAAGCUUAAAUUGUGUUGCUGAUCCAAUACUGUACUGUUUUGUAACUGAAACAGGAAGAUCUGAUAUGUGGAAUAUAUUAAAAUUCUGCAUUGGGAAGCGUAAUAAAUCACAAAGACAAAGACAACGCAUACUUUCUAUGUCUACAAAGGAUACUAUGGAAUUAGAGGUUUUGGAAUAA